AUGUCUGUAGAGGACGAAACAACCAAACCUGAAUAUUGGGAGAAACUCUGGAAGGAUGAUGACAUCGGGUGGCAUGCAGACACCGUCCAUAAGUUUCUCAUAAAAUACGCGGAUGAGCUGACUCGGGGGCGGUCGAACCUGCGAGUGUUCGUUCCAUUGUGCGGAAAAACCCUGGAUAUGUUAUGGCUAGCGGAUCAAGGCCACAAUGUCGUGGGUGUAGAGUUAGCCAAGCAGGCAGUCGAGGAUUUCUUUCAAGAGAACAAGCUGACCUUCAAGCUGGAAAAAGUUAAAAUCGUCGCGGCAAGCGAUCCAAUCGACGUAUACAAAUGCGUGGAGAAGCAAAUAACAAUUUUUUGCUGCGAUUUAUUUGCUCUCACAGUGGACGCUGUCGGUGGAGAAUUCGAUGCGAUAUGGGAUCGUGGUUCGUUAGUCGCAAUGCAGCCUGCAGUUGGUAAUGGAGGCAAAAAGUACACGAAACACAUGCGAUCCCUUCUAGCCGCUGACGGAAGGUACAUGUUGGAGAGCCACCACUAUGAACUUGACCGCGGGAACGAACCACCUGCCAGCAUCUCCGAAGAGCUCAGAAACGAAAUUUAUGGAGAAGACUUCAUAAUAAAAGAAUUGGAGGUGGAGAGUUUUGCAGAAGAUCCAAAUAGGCAGGGCCUUAGUUUUGCUUUCGACAUGCACUACCAUUUGUUUAUCCCAAAGGCAAAUUAACAACCAAAUUUGGGCCGGGGGAGGGGGGAGCAUGGGAUAGUUUCUUGAGCAUGAGGGAAAGGGGCUUUUUUCUUUGAAAGUCCCUGGUUUGGCUUUAAAAAUCUUUGGCUGGCCCAGGGUCGAACCUGGACAUCAAACCCGGACCUUUCAUAUCCUAAUCUCUCCCUUACUACUACAUUACCAUACCGACGUACCAAAAUUCCGAAAAAAAUAAGUACAUACACUAGCAAACUGUCUUUCUCAACUGUUACAUCAAUAACAGGUGACCCUCGCCCUUUCCAUAAUUUUGUAACGUAAAUUCAACUUGGGCUUCAACUUUGUUCUUUGCAAGACUAUUCAAAAAUGUAUUAUUUGCCUUAUUGUAACUUAAUCGAGGGAAUAUAUUACACCCAUCAUGACUAAAGGCUUGGUUACCAAUGGUGGCAUUAGACCAUUUAAAAUGGCUAUGAUGGCAACAACUGUUUUCCAGAGGGAAAUAGGCGCUGGGGCCUGCUAGUCUUUUUUGGUUAGAGCUAUGCACGAGGGGACCUGUGCAAGCUAUAAAAUUAUUAGUUAACUAGGAAUACCAUUAUCGCAACACCUUGUGGAGCUGUAACACAGCAGCAGUAUGACUCCAUUGAAUCCAGUCAAUAGGUAAGAAAUAUAUAUAGUUAAAAAAAACAAACAAAACAAACAGAGACUAGUUAGGGUUGUUCUUUAUAUCGGNAAAAAAUUUGCAAAUUGUCCAAGCUGAUGUCUGUAGAGGACGAAACAACCAAACCUGAAUAUUGGGAGAAACUCUGGAAGGAUGAUGACAUCGGGUGGCAUGCAGACACCGUUCAUAAGUUUCUCAUAAAAUACGCGGAUGAGCUGACUCGGGGGCGGUCGAACCUGCGAGUGUUCGUUCCAUUGUGCGGAAAAACCCUGGAUAUGUUAUGGCUAGCGGAUCAAGGCCACAAUGUCGUGGGUGUAGAGUUAGCCAAGCAGGCAGUCGAGGAUUUCUUUCAAGAGAGCAAGCUGACCUUCAAGCUGGAAAAAGUUAAAAUCGUCGCGGCAACCGAUCCAAUCGACGUAUACAAAUGCGUGGAGAAGCAAAUAACCAUUUUUUGCUGCGAUUUAUUUGCUCUCACAGUGGACGCUGUCGGUGGAGAAUUCGAUGCUAUAUGGGAUCGUGGUUCUUUAGUCGCAAUGCAGCCUGCAGUUGGUAAUGGAGGUAAAAAGUACACGAAACACAUGCGAUCCCUUCUAGCCGCCGAUGGAAGGUACAUGUUGGAGAGCCAUCACUAUGAACUUGACCGCGGGAACGAACCACCUGCCAGCAUCUCCGAAGAGCUCAGAAGAGAAAUUUAUGGAGAAGACUUUAUAAUAAAAGAAUUGGAGGUGGAGAGUUUUGCAGAAGAUCCAAACAGGCAGGGCCUUAGUUUUGCUUUCGACAUGCACUACCAUUUGUUUAUUCCGAAAGCAAAUUAA